CAACGGGGAAGACAAUGCAAGGGUUAAAAAGAAGAUCCUCCUAUCAGCCAAUCAUAAAGCCAUGAGGCCGGAGGACAGUGUCACAUCGGACAGCGGCGCUGCACUGGCCUCUUCUUCUCUCCAGGAUGCUCCUCUUCCUCGGCCUGGCUGUCCUCUUCUCCGCGGGCGUCUCCACGGAGACGAACCAGACCUCCAGGCUGCUGGCCGAGAGCGGAGAUCAGUGCAUGGCCUGCGACUUCCGGGAGCACAGCAAGCAGAUGAGGCUCCACAGCAUUAAGUCGCAGAUCCUCAGCAUCCUGCGGCUCCAACAGGCUCCCAACAUCAGCCGGGACAUGAUCCGCCAGCUGCUCCCCAAAGCGCCUCCUUUGACGCAGCUCCUGGACCAGUACGACCCGCGGGUGGAGGACGAGGACCACAUCAUGACAGAGACCAUCAUCACCAUGGCCACCAAGCUUGAUCCGACCGCCCAGGAAGAGUCGUCCUCCUGUUGUGUUUUCAGCCUCAGUCCGAAGAUCCAACCCAAAAACAUCCUGCGCGCCCAGCUAUGGGUGCACCUGCGUCCGGCCGACGUGGUCACCACCGUCUUCCUGCAGAUCUCUCGCCUCAAACCCAGGAGGGAGGGAAACAGCACCCGAGUCAGAGUCCGCUCCCUGAAGAUCGACACCGACACCGGCGCCGGGUCCUGGCAGAGUGUUGACAUCAAGUCUCUGCUGCAGGCUUGGUUGCGCCAACCGGAGGCCAACUACGGGAUCGAGAUCAACGCCUACGACGCCAAUGGAGAAGACCUGGCGGUCACCUCGGCAGAGCCUGGAGAGGAAGGACUGCAACCGUUCAUCGAAGUGAAGAUCCUCGACACGCCCAAGAGAUCCCGCCGCGACUCAGGCCUCAACUGCGACGAGGAGUCCGUGGAGACCCGCUGCUGCCGCUACCCGCUCACCGUCGACUUCGAGGAGUUCGGCUGGGACUGGAUCAUCGCACCCAAGCGCUACCGGGCCAACUACUGCUCGGGGGAGUGCGAGUACAUGCACCUGCAGCAGUACCCGCAUGCACACCUGGUGAACAAGGCCAACCCGCGGGGCACAGCAGGGCCCUGCUGCACUCCUACCAAGAUGUCGCCCAUCAACAUGCUCUACUUCAACCGCAAGGAGCAGAUCAUCUACGGCAAGAUCCCGUCCAUGGUGGUGGACAACUGUGGCUGCUCCUGAGGAAACCCAGGCGUCUGCCGACUUGAUCAUAGAAGCUUUGUUUUUAGCAAAAGUGAUGCAAACCAUUCUCUAUUUUGUUCCAAAUCAGGCCCAGCUGCAUCUCGUCUAUGAAAGAGAUGCUAGGACAAUUUGAGACCCAACGCUCUGAAACAAGAGAUGUUUUUCCUGCAGGAUCAACUAACUCCUGCUGUCAUGCUGUCUUAUGAAAACGUGGCCUGAUUUGAGCCUUGACCAGAGCAAACCCUGCGGGGCGUCUUUUUGAAAAACACGAACCCUAAUGCCUCCGAGCUGACAGGCCGCCCCGUCCCAAAGCUUGUUUGCAAACUCCUCGCUGUGAUUUGUUCCCGAGAGCGCCACAGAAAGUCAGCAAUGUCCUUACUCUGAGACGGCCGCCAUGUCUUAAUAUAAUAAAAACACAGUGAGUUGACGGCCAGCACAGAGGGAAAGUGAUAGGCUGAGAGACCUGUCAAUCAAACUAAUGUUAAUGGUACCCCUGUGAGUAUAGAAUGCCAUUUUUUUCAAUAUGAAAUAAAUGCAUAUGCCACUAGGUUUUACUUUUAUUUAUUUCAGGCGACUUUCAUUUGGAUGUAGUUCAUAGACAUGUUAAUUAUUUAUGUCUAGUAUUCAUUCCUUAUUUUAAUUUUCAAGAAAAUGGCAUUCCAUAUGUAAGGUUUUUAAUCAGACGCAUUUCAGUGUGUCAUACCAUAGGGGCCUAAAACACUUUUUUUCCUCAAACAUUUUUUAACUUACAGUGUCUGCAUAGUGUGGAAAAGAUACCAGAGGAAAUGACAGCCCAUUCAUGUAUCUC